AUGGCAACUUCUGGACAAGAGACAUACGCGUUCAACGCGGACAUCUCUCAAUUGUUGAGUCUUAUUAUCAACGCCUUCUACAGCAACAAGGAAAUCUUCCUUCGUGAACUUAUCAGUAAUGCUAGUGACGCCUUGGAAAAGAUUAGAUAUGAGGCUAUCAAGGACCCAAAGCAGGUCGAGGAUUUCCCCGAAUACCAAAUCAGCCUUUCUGCUGACAAGACCAAUCACACCUUGACUAUUGAAGACACUGGUAUCGGUAUGACCAAAACCGAAUUAAUCAACAACUUGGGUACAAUCGCCAAGUCAGGAACCAAAGCAUUCAUGGAAGCUAUCCAAGCUGGAGCUGACAUGUCUAUGAUUGGUCAAUUCGGUGUUGGUUUCUACUCCGCAUACCUUGUAGCGGACAAGGUAACAGUUAUCUCCAAACACAACGAUGACGACCAAUAUGUAUGGGAAUCAAAUGCCAGUGGACAUUUCACUAUCACCAAAGACGAGUCCGGAGAACAACUUAAACGUGGAACGCGCCUCGUACUUCACCUUAAAGAAGAUCAGAGCGAAUACCUGGAAGAACGCCGUUUGAAGGAACUUGUUAAGAAACACAGUGAAUUCAUCUCGUUCCCAAUACGCCUUUCAGUAGAAAAGACGACGGAAACAGAAGUGACAGACGAUGAGGCCGAGGCUUCGGAAACUGGAGAAAAACCUGAGGAAAAGAUAACCGACGUCACCGACGAAGUAGACAAAGAAGAGGGGGAGGACAAGGAUGACGAAAAACAAGAUGACAACGAAAAGGCCGAUAAGAAGAAGAAACGCAAGGUUACUUCUGUCACACGUGAAUGGGAAAUGCUAAACAAGCAGAAACCAAUUUGGAUGAGACUUCCAAGUGAGGUUACUAACGAAGAGUACGCAAGCUUCUACAAAAACUUGUGCAACGAUUGGGAAGACCAUUUGGCUGUCAAACACUUUAGUGUAGAAGGUCAAUUGGAAUUCAAGGCUCUUCUUUUCGUACCAAAGCGUGCACCAUUCGACAUGUUCGAAAGCCGCAAGAAGAAAAACAACAUCAAACUUUACGUGAGACGUGUGUUCAUUAUGGACGACUGUGAAGAACUCAUACCAGAGUGGCUUAGCUUCAUCAAGGGUGUUGUCGAUUCCGAAGAUCUACCAUUGAACAUCAGCAGAGAGGUUCUACAACAAAACAAGAUCCUUAAGGUUAUCCGCAAGAACCUUGUCAAGAAAUGCCUAGAGCUAUUCUCCGAACUUACAGAAAAGAAGGAGGACUUCAGGAAAUUCUACGACCAAUUCAGCAAAAACCUCAAGUUGGGUAUCCACGAAGACAACGCAAACCGUAUGAAGAUUGCCGAGUUGCUUCGUUACGAAACUUCCAAGAGUGGUGACGAACUUAUCAGCCUAAAGGAGUACGUAGAUCGCAUGAAGCCCGAACAGAAGUACAUCUACUACAUUACCGGGGAGUCCAAGCAAACUGUAGCCAACUCGCCAUUCCUGGAAGGCUUGCGUACCAAGGGCAUCGAGGUUAUCUACAUGACCGACCCCAUUGAUGAGUACGCUGUUCAGCAGAUUAAGGAAUUUGAAGGCAAGAAGCUUAAGUGUUGUACCAAGGAAAACCUUGAUCUUGAGGACACCGAGGAAGAGCGUAAGAGCUUCGAGGAAUUGGAAAAGGAAAUGGAGCCUCUUUGCCAUUUGAUCAAGGAGAUCCUUCACGACAAGGUCGAGAAGGUCAUUUGUGGCAAACGUUUCACCGAGAGCCCAUGUGCUUUGGUCACAAGCGAAUUUGGAUGGUCCGCCAACAUGGAGCGUAUCAUGAAGGCCCAGGCUCUGCGUGACAACAGCUUUGGGAAUUUCAUGGUGAGCAAGAAGACCAUGGAGUUGAACCCACACCACAGCAUCAUGAAGGAGUUGAAGCAACGUGCUGAAGCUGACAAGAGUGACAAGACCCUUAAGGAUUUGGUAUGGCUUCUUUACGACACAGCCAUGUUGACAUCUGGCUUCAACCUGGAGGACCCUACCCAGUUCGGUGGACGUAUUUACCGCAUGAUCAAGCUCGGUUUGUCACUAGACGACGAGCCUGUGGCCGAGGAUGUCGAGAUUCCCUCGUUGGAUGAGGUCGUAGUAGACCCUAAGAUGGAGGAGGUCGACUGA